CUAAAAUUAGGGAGGCACCCCAACUGCAAAUGACGCAAGAGAGCUAAACUGGACAGUCUAGUCGUCUCUGUGUAUCAAUGGCAGCAGGACUCAGGGCCAUGGAGACGUUCCCUACAACUUUGCUGUUGUUGAUGACAUGGAGGGUAUUUUUAGCGAUUGUUGUCAUCUUUUCGUAACAGCCCAGCUGCGGCGUUCAGUAUAAAGGACUCUUUCAAAAUGCAGUUGUACAACAGUGUGCUGACACACUACCCGAGGUCGUCUCGCAAAGUUACAAUAACUUUGUCGACCGCUUCUGCGCGUUUGAACGGGACAAGUUCCUCUGGGGCUGAGGGGCCAGGAUUUACUCAACCAGACGCAACUUCGGCGACCAACGGCGAGCUGGUGAGCGAGUCUGGAUCUUCCGCAAACAUGCCUGCCUUGUCGUGUUACGAAGCUUCAUCCAUGAGGCCAAUUUACUUCACCUCGACUGCUGAAAUUUUAAUCCGGAGACCUGAUGGAGUGGAGAGGUCUGUGCCUGUACAUAUAAUGAGGGAGUCCAAAGCCAAACCACCCUCUCCAGACUCACAUAAUGGGGAAACUUUCCUCUGUAAUGACUGUGACUCUGAUGUGAUAGUGAACUUGAUAGAUCAUUUGAGCAAUGGGACUGAUGAGCUGUUCACAGACUGCUCAGAAGUUGCUGGAAAUCAGCUCAUCAACAGCAACAACACCCGUGGACCCAGAAUAGAAGAAUACAAGAGGAUGGUGGAAAUCUCAGGGGAGGAUGAUGCAGUUUCACUGAGUACUACCCCCUUAAGAAGCAAGGCAUGGGGCUCAUUAAAAGAAGAGGAGCUGGUUCCCUCAAGGGCAGUACAGCCUAAAGGUCUCAUAAAAGAAGAUUUUAUUUUUAUGAGCACCGGCAAAGCUGCACCAGUGUCAGAAGAGAGACGGGCUUUUGAGCUCAGUGUUCUGCAGGAGUCUCCUCCACAAAAAUGCCAAGAGAGAGGGGAGAUCAACGACAAAGUCACCCGAUACCUGGCUGAAGUGGAGAGGCAAAACAAGUACCUCCAGGAGAGGAACAAAUACAGGUAUCACAUCAUUCCAGAUGGCAACUGUCUGUACAGAGCUGUGUGCAAAGCCACAUACGGGGACCAGUCGAGACACGCGGAGCUGAGGGAACAGACAGUGCACCACAUCGCCGACCACUUGGAUGAGUUCAACCCCAUCAUCGAAGGGGAUGUGGGGGAGUUCCUGAUCAACGCUGCCCAGGAUGGCGCUUGGGCCGGUUACCCCGAGCUUCUUGCCAUGAGCCAGAUGCUGAACGUCAACAUCCACCUCACAACAGGGGGGAGUUUGGAGAGUCCCACUGUCUCCACUAUGGUGCACUUUCUUGGAGAGGAGGAUGCUUCCAAGCCGGCUAUCUGGCUGAGUUGGCUGAGCAACGGUCACUACGAUGUCCUCUUGGACAUGUGUCUCCCCAACCCAGAGUAUGAGGACUGGUGCCGAAACUCGCAGAUGCAAAAGAAACGAGACGAGGAACUGGCAAAGUCGAUGGCAGCCUCGUUAUCUAAAAUGUACAUUGAACAGAAUGGUUCUGUGUGAACAAAAUGCCGUAUAUGGAAAAUGUAUGGGUGUACAGUGUUACAGAGGAAUGCAGACUGACGGUUCCGCUUUGUUUCUACAUGCUUUAAAUUAUUUUUUUAAGGAUUUAUAUUGUGAGCAAAAAGACGUGCAGUGCACAUACUUUGGUUUAUGUCUGUGCCAGUGUUUUGAAUUAGUGUUAGUUGUCUGAAAGAGUUUGCCAGUGUGUGAGUCUGUUCUUGAUAGUUUGGGUGAUGUUGACACGAGUGAAAUACUCCAAUGCUGUUCAGAUGCAGCUAAGUGCCUUUGGAGUGUACUAUUUUUAUUUGCCCUUUCUCAGCUGACCAGUUAUUUUUUUUCUAUCAUGCUUCUCAUGCUUUGGCAACUGCCCAAUACUUUCAGACAAAGAGAAAUCUGGUUUGCAUUUUCCACGUGUUUAACUACUCAUUUGCACAAAAUUCCUGUAAGAGUAGGUCGCUGUGUUUGGUUUGUGUCUGUGAGAAUGAUUCAAGGGUUCAUUUUUCAGUUAUUCCAGUAAUUUU